CCCGCGACAAUGUCUGUGCUCUGGCUCUUCAGCGUCCUCCGCCCCCGGGGCCGGGCCGGUUGGGCCGGGCCGGUAGAUUCCGGGAAGGAGUUUCCGGCGGACGGUGCUCCGCUGCCGCUUCCUGUCCUCCUGUCCGCGAGUCUCCCGGGACGCAGGCUCUCCCGGCUUCAUGCAGUCGCGUCUCCUGCUUCUCGGGGCGCCCGGCGGCCCGGCCGGCCCUGCCGCGCGGCGUGUGCGGCUGCUGCUGCGGCAGGUGGCGCGGGGCCGGCCGGCGGUCCGCCUGCUGCAGGCCGGGGCGGGCGCCGACUCAGGUGAUACAGUCAGUAUUGGAGAUGUGUCCUACAAGUUGAAAACUCCCAAAAGCCCGGAACUUGUGCCACAAAACUACAUUUCAGACUCUCUGGCUCAAUCUGUAAUUCAUCAUCUAAGAUGGAUAAUGCAGAAGGACAUCUUAGGGCAAGAUAUCUUCCUGAUAGGACCUCCUGGGCCUCUUCGACGCUCUAUUGCUAUGCAGUACCUGGAGUUGACCAAGCGGGAGGUGGAGUACAUCGCCCUGUCGAGGGACACCACAGAGACCGACCUCAAGCAGCGGCGGGAGAUCCGGGCAGGCACAGCUUUCUACAUCGACCAGUGUGCAGUACGUGCAGCCAUGGAAGGUAGAACCCUUGUCUUGGAAGGCUUGGAAAAGGCUGAGAGGAAUGUUCUGCCUGUUUUGAACAACUUACUGGAAAACAGGGAGAUGCAGCUGGAGGAUGGACGCUUCCUGAUGUCUGCUGAGCGCUAUGAUAAACUCCUCCAAGAACAUACCAAAACCGAGUUGGAUUCUUGGAAGAUUGUCCGUGUUAGUGAAAACUUCCGUGUGAUUGCUUUGGGCUUGCCGGUGCCCAAGUACUCUGGGAAUCCACUGGACCCCCCUCUCCGUUCCCGAUUUCAAGCCAGAGAUAUUUACUACCUCCCCUUCAAGGACCAACUUAAACUGUUAUAUUCAGUUGGACCCAAUAUUUCUGCUGAGAAAAUUUCUCAGCUUUUAUCCUUCGCUACCACCCUCUGUUCCCAAGAAUCUUCUACUCUUGGACUUCCAGAUUUUCCUUUAGAUAGUUUGCCAGCUGCUGUUCAAAUUCUGGAUUCUUUUCCCAGGAUGUCAAUCAAGCAUGCAAUUCACUGGCUUUACCCAUAUACUAUUUUACUAGGACAUGAAGGGAAGAUGGCUGUGGAAGAUGUUUUAAAACGUUUUGAGCUCCAAGAUCCAGCAAGUUCCGAGCUUCCUAAGGAGAUUUUGAGAGUGGAGAGGUUAACUGGACACGGUGUCUCCCGAGCUCUCGUGACUGUCCAGAUUGCUGACAAAGAGGUGACCAUUAAGGUGCCAGCUGGGACCAAGCCAUUAAGCCAACCCUGUGGCUCAGACUGUUUUAUACAGACUUUAAGCCACAGGCAGCUACUGGCUGAAAUGAUGCAGUCUCACAUGGUCAAGGACAUCUGCUUAAUUGGAGGAAAAGGUUGUGGCAAAACAGUUAUCGCCAAGAACUUUGCAGAUACCUUGGGUUACAACAUAGAGCCCAUCAUGCUCUAUCAGGAUAUGACGGCGCGGGACCUGCUGCAGCAGCGGUACACUCUCCCCAAUGGAGACACUGCCUGGCGGGCCUCGCCGCUCAUCACUGCAGCGCUGGAAGGCAAGCUGGUCCUGCUGGAUGGCAUCCACCGCGUCAACGCUGGCACCCUUGCUGUGCUGCAGAGGUUGAUCCAUGAUCGUGAGUUGAGCCUCUACGAUGGCUCCAGGCUGCUGAGAGAAGACAGGUACUCACGCUUGAAAGAGGAGCUCCAGCUGUCUGAUGAACAGCUGCAGAAGAGGUUGAUUUUUCCUGUCCACCCCUCCUUCAGAAUCAUUGCCCUGGCAGAGCCCCCCGUUGUUGGAAGCUCCACACAACAGUGGCUGGGACCUGAAUUCUUAACCAUGUUCUUUUUCCAUCACAUGAAGCCCCUUGUGAAAAGCGAGGAGCUCCAAGUAAUCAAGGAAAUGGUCCCAAACAUACCUCAAGAAUCUUUGGACAAAUUGUUAUCAUUUACACACAAGCUCAGGGAUACACAAGACCCAACAGCUCAGUCCUUGGCAGCAUCACUCUCCACCCGGCAGCUGCUGAGGAUCUCUCGCCGCCUGUCACAGUACCCUAAUGAAAAUCUCCACAGUGCAGUGAAUAAAGCCUGUCUCUCCAGGUUUUUACCAAGCCUUGCAAGGUCAGCUUUAGAAAAAAAUCUGGCAGAUGCUGGAAUAGGCAUACAUAAGGAUAAUCAGGAACCAGAACUGGAAAAUUACAAAUGUGAAGUGACAUCUGGAUCUCUGAGGAUUGGAGCUGUUAGUGCGCCGGUCUAUAACGCCCAUGAGAAAAUGAAAGUACCUGAUGUUCUCUUCUAUGACAACAUUCAGCACAUGAUAGUGAUGGAAGAUAUGCUCAAAGACUUUCUUCUCGGAGAACACCUGUUACUGGUGGGGAACCAGGGUGUAGGAAAAAACAAGAUUGUUGACAGAUUCCUUCAUCUGCUUAACAGACCCCGAGAAUAUAUCCAGCUGCACAGGGACACCACUGUACAAACUCUUACUCUCCAGCCUUCUGUUAAAGAUGGACUUAUUGUGUAUGAAGACUCACCUUUGGUUAAAGCAGUAAAGCUGGGCCAUAUUCUUGUAGUUGAUGAGGCAGACAAAGCCCCAACAAACGUUACCUGUAUUUUAAAAACUCUAGUAGAAAGUGGGGAAAUGAUUCUAGCAGAUGGAAGACGCAUUAUUGCAAAUUCUGCUAAUGUGAAUGGAAGAGAAAAUAUCAUAGUGAUCCAUCCUGAUUUUAGGAUGAUUGUUCUGGCCAACAGGCCUGGGUUUCCUUUCCUGGGCAAUGAUUUCUUCGGCACUUUAGGUGACAUUUUUGGCUGCCAUGCAGUUGAUAACCCAAAGCCCCAUUCAGAGCUGGAGAUGCUCAGACAGUAUGGACCAGAUGUGCCAGAGCCCAUUCUGCAGAAGCUGGUGGCCGCCUUUGGAGAACUGAGGAAUCUAGCUGACCAGGGGAUCAUUAACUAUCCCUAUUCCACCCGAGAAAUUGUCAACAUAGUCAAACACUUACAGAAAUUUCCUACUGAAGGCCUCUCCACUGUGGUGAGGAAUGUAUUUGACUUUGACUCCUACAACAGUGACAUGAGGGAGACGCUGAUAAGUACACUGCAUAAGUACGGCAUCCCGAUUGGAGCUAAACCCACUAGUGUGCAGCUGGCAAAGGAGCUGCCUUUGCCAGAACAGUCAUUCAUGGGCUACUGGACAAUUGGACAGUCAAGAAAUGGAACGCAAAAACUGUUGUGUCCAGCAGAAACUGAUCAGAUCAGUGUAAAGGGCCCCGCACCUAUAAAUAUUCAGAAGUACCCAAUAGAAAGACAUGAAGAGAGAUCCCUAACCUUCACUGAAGAGUGUGCUUCCUGGAAGUUGCCACUGGAUGAGAUUAAUUUAAUCUGUGACAUUGCUACAUCACAUGAAAAUGGGGAAAAUACUCUCUACGCAGUUGCGUGCAAUCCUGUCUCCCUGUACUUUAUGAAUAUGGAUGGGAAGAAUGGCUACUUUGUCGACUUAUAUGACAUCUUUCCAAGAACAGCCAGUGGUGUGUGGCACCCAUUUGUGACAGUAGCCCCACUGGGAAACCCUCUUAAAGGCCAAGUGAUUCUCCACGAGCAGCAGAGUAAUGUUAUCCUGCUGUUAGAUACCACUACCCAAACCCUUCGCCGCCUUGCCCUUCCUUCUGAAGAGGUGACAUCUAAGCAAACUUCCUGGUGGAACAAGGAGACAAAGGAGUCGUAUAACAUGUGCAAGGAAUUUUCACACAAGAACUGGCUUGUGUUCUACAAAGAAAAAGGGAAUAACCUGACUGUGUUAGAUGUUCUGGAAGGGCGAACUCAUACCAUCUCACUGCCCAUCUACCUCAAAUCGGUUUUCCUCGUCGCAGAGGACAAAUGGCUGCUGGUGGAGGACAAAACAAACCAGAAAUACCUCUUAACUAAGACUCUGCGUGUGGACUCUGAGGACAGCACAACCUGCCAGCUUUAUGUGCUGAGAGAGGAGCCCCCUAGCACAGGCUUCGGCGUCAAACAAGAAGCAGAAUUCAGCACACCUCAUAGAGUUUCAAGUGAUCAACUAUCAUCUGAAAAUCUAAGUUCAGCUGUUGGACAAAAGAUUGCCUCUCCAAACCGAAUGCUCUCAGAUGAGAAUAGUUAUGCUACAAUCAUUGUUGGUUUCCCAGAUCUUAUGUCACCUAAUGAGGUGUAUUCUUGGAAAAGGCCAUCAUCAUUGCAGAAACCCAGGGGCACUGACAUAGCUUUCUAUGGCGGGAAGAAGAGAGGAACUCCAAAACACAGCAACUGUGUCACUCUCCUGGAGACUAAUCAGGUCGUCAGAAUAUUGCCUCCAGGAGACGUCCCACUGAGGGACAUCUAUGCAAAAGAUGUUACACCACCACAGACAGCUGGGUAUAUAGAAGUCACUGAUCUUCAAUCAAAAAAACUUCGAUAUAUCCCUAUUCCUAGUUCAGAGUCCCUCUCACCCUAUACCACAUGGCUGUCCAGCAUCUCCGACACAGAUGCACUGCUGACUGAGUGGGGCACAGGAGGUGUGGUCACUGUGGACAUGGGAGGCCGAGUCAGGCUCUGGGAAACCGGACUGGAACACCUGCAGCGCUCUCUCAUGGAGUGGAAGACCAUGAUCGGACAGGAAGGCGUCCGAGAUAUGCAGAUAACAGUCAACAGAGACAGCGGUGAGGAUGUGAGCUCCCCCAAGCAUGGGAAGGAGGACCCAGACAACAUGCCUCAUGUGGGUGGCAAUAUGUGGGCUGGAGGAACAGGGGGACGAGAUACCGCAGGUCUUGGCGGCAAAGGAGGGCCCUACCGACUGGAUGUAGGUCACACGGUGUACCAGGUGUCUGAGGUGGAGAAGGAUGCCGUGCCUGAGGAGGUGAAGAGAGCAGCCAGAGAGAUGGGCCAGCGGGCAUUUCAGCAGAGGCUCAAGGAGAUCCAAAUGAGCGAGUAUGAUGCCGCCAGCUAUGAGAGGUUCUCUGGUGCUGUUCGCCGACAGGUGCACUCCCUGCGAAUCAUCUUGGACAACUUACAGAGGGAGAGACAGAGGGGAGACUACAUCCGACAUUGCUCCAACACUGCCAAAGGGAAAGAGCGGCAGUGGCUGAGACACCAAGCUAUGGGAGAACUAGAUGAUGCCAAGAUCAUUGAUGGGCUAACAGGAGAAAAAGCCAUCUACAAGCGUCGGGGAGACCUGGAGCCCCAGAUGGGCAGCCCCCAACAGAAGCCCAAGCGCCUGCGCCUGGUAGUGGAUGUGUCAGGCAGCAUGUAUCGCUUCAACGGGGUGGACAGCCGGCUGGAGCGGUCCCUGGAGGCGGUGUGCAUGGUCAUGGAGGCCUUUGAGAACUACGAGGAGAAGUUCAAGUAUGACAUCACUGGACAUUCAGGAGAUGGCUACAAUAUCAGUCUAGUUCCCAUAAACAAGAUUCCCAAGGACAACAAGCAGAGACUGGAGAUUCUCAAGACGAUGCAUGCCCACGCACAGUUCUGCAUGAGUGGGGACCACACGUUAGAGGGGACCGAACAUGCCAUCAAGGACAUCGUCAAGGAAGAGGCAGACGAGUACUUUGUGAUUGUCCUAAGUGAUGCAAACCUGUCACGAUAUGGCAUCCACCCUACCAAGUUUGCCCAGAUCCUAACGAGCAACCCACAAGUCAACGCUUUUGCCAUUUUUAUUGGCUCUUUGGGAGAUCAAGCAACCAGGCUACAGCAGACACUCCCUGCUGGCCGGUCUUUUGUUGCCAUGGACACCAGGGACAUCCCUCAGAUCCUGCAGCAGAUCUUCACCUCCACCAUGCUGUCCACUGUGUAGCACACGCUCCUCAGCGACCUACCUACUCCAGCGGUCAGCGUGAGAUAGGAGUGGCACGUCAGCUAGAGAAAAGAAGUCACAGCUCAAGGGAAUGGCGGUGAUGGCUUUUGACUGUGGCAUUUCCCAGGUGUUCUCCUCUUCACUAGCUCAGAACUCAGAAAAAUAGCCAGAUGGAGGCUCUGGCAUGGAAACCUAUAGUCACCGAUGGAUUACAAAUCCAUGGAGGAAGUAAGUCAGCUUAAUACAAGGCAGGUCAGCUUGCCUUGUACAAAAGACCAGGGUUAAAGGAAGGUGGCUGGAGAACCACAGUACUUAGGCUGUUUGCAGAAACUGGGGGCGCAGAGAAUGCCUCCUUGCUUUUU